AAGAAGGUAAAAAGAUUUUAUAUUGGGAAAUUUGUAAUCUAAAGAGGAAAUUGUGAGUGAAAUUGAUGAAACUUGGAAAUGUGGUUGAAACUGGAAGCAAUCAUGAUGGAACUACUGAAGCUUCAUCGCAGUAUGUAGCUUUAGACUCUAGAGUUCAAAUUCUCAAGAACACUGAACUUGCGAGAUCGCCUUACCAUCAACAAUCAAGCUUUGAGUUCUGGAAUUUCUGAACUGACGCUGCGCGGUUGUAGAAAUGGCGUGGAGUCUGAUCUUUUGGUUCGUCUCUUUCUGUAUCAACAUCGCACUUCUCGUCCUCAACUUUUACCAGCUCUUGGUAUUAACGGAUUUGGAGGCAGAUUAUUUGAACAUCUAUGAUUCAUCAUCUCGCAUUAACAAACUUGUCGUUCCAGAGUUUUUGGUGCAAGGACUGUUUUGCUCUCUUUUCCUCUUCACAGGCCACUGGUUCAUGUUUCUUAUAACCGUCCCUGUUAGCUGUUAUCACAUAAAUUUGUUCUUGAAGAGGGAGCAUCUUAUUGAUGUUACUGAGGUGUUUAAAACUCUAAAACGUGAGAAGUAUUUUCGUUUUGCCAAGCUUAUCUUCUACUUGCUUCUGUUCCUCGUAGUAAUCUUCAGAAUAAUAAUGGUAGCGGGAAUGAAAUCUGUUUUUGACUCUGCACCUGAGGAUAUAGACAUUCGCUCCACUGUUCUCGAAUUCUAGAGUAUUUAUUUAACCAACUAGCUUAAAGUCGAAUCCAUCCUUUGUUUUGAAAUACGUAUACGAUUACAUGGAAAAUAGUCAACUUAUUUAUUGAUUGCAAAGUUCUUAAAGAUAAUGAUGUUACACUGACUUGGGAUUGUUUUGUUGGUUUUGGAAGCUAUAUACCAUUACUCUCUGUUCUCUUGACGCCUUUUAGUACCUUGUUAGUAAUGCAUUAUUGCAAGUUUUUGGAUUUUGCUCUGUUUGAUCCAAAUGUUGUCUCUUUCUAACCUUUUCUAGUCCCAAUAUUUUCUAUAAAUUAACUUAGAAUGUCCAAUACAUAUUUUAUGUUAAAAAAUGUAGCUUUGUUUAGUUUUAUGGUCGACUCCUAUGCUUCUUGAGUGAGAUCCUGGUACAUGUGCACUUGCAUACACAUAUUUUCGCCUCUCUUACUGGCAUUCUUACAUGUAUUGA